GAGAGAAAGCAUCACUGCAGGGGUUAGUGUGAACCUGGAAAUGGCGGAGGCGACGAACUCGAGCUCGGGCACAUAGCUCACGCGUUGCUCCCGCCACGGACGCCGCGCUUGCCGGCGAAUCUCCCGCCGCCGCCGCUGGAGACCACCAGCUAUCCCGCGCGGCGGCUCCGCGGCUCCGGCCUUCUGCCCUCCUCUGUCCCGCUAGGGUUUUCUCCGAUCCCCAAUCACAGUUAAUUCAGAAAUGGCUUCAUCACAGCAUGUUGAGAUGGAGGCUGCGAAACUUCUUCAUAAACUUAUUCAGGAGUCGAAGGACGAGCCUGCUAAACUAGCAAUGAAACUUUAUGUGAUAUGUCAACAUAUGAAGCUAAGUGGAAAGGAGCAGUCACUACCAUAUCAAGUCAUAUCGAGGGCUAUGCAGACAGUUGUAAACCAACAUGGAAUUGAUAUGGAUGCAUUGCGAUCAUCGCGAAUUCCAUUUGCUGGUGGCCCGCAGGCUGGGGAUUCUAGUGGUGCCAUGCCAAAGGACAAGGAGGUGAUAGGUAAUCAGUCUCCCAUGGUUGGAAGCGAUGCAUCCCAGAGUAGCGGGCAAGCUGGAUUAUGGCAGUUUCCAUCAGGUUCAACAGAUAUGACAAGGCAUGGGGCAUCUAUUUCGGCGAGGGUACCCACAGGGCCAAAUAGGGGUGAUUUUUCAGCAGCUGAUAUUCAUCAAGGCUCUAUGUCACAAAAGAGUGGUAGGUCCUCUGGCGUUGAAAGCCCUGCAAGUCUGCAGAUGGAGGACACCAGAUCUAUGAAUUCACAUGAUUCUUUGAAAUCUGAUGAGAAAACAAGUAAGAAAACCUCUUCUAAGAGAAAAAGGAUGGAUUCAAAAGGAGCUGGAGAUUUGCAUUGUGAAGACAACUCAAAGUCAGAUGCUAUCUCCACUGGACAAAAUACCAGAAAGGGGAAACAAGUUGGCAAAGCUGGUAGGCAAGGUCAGCCUUCCAUGGGGAUGGAGCAUGAGCAACCACGUUCACUGCAAGCCGGUACUGCUCUGGUGCCACCGUCACAUGGUGGUGCACCUUUUAUCAGGGCUCACCAGGAAAAUGCAUUGACUUCUUCUGGGAGGACUAUUGACAAGACUAAACCAUCAAAUCCAUUCACAAUGGCUCAAAUUCCAAAUUUUCCUGAAGGACUGGCUUCUAGUGGUGUCCCUAUUGACUUGCAGAAAAGUAUACAGGGCGGAGCAAAUUUAUUUAAUGCUGGUUUUGGCUGGAACCAAAAUCCACAAGUUUCAAUUAUGAAGAAUGCUCAAGGGUCUAUUCCCAAUUUAAUGAGUUCUGGAGUUAAUGUCGAAGGGAAAGUUAAUGUAGGGGCACAGGGAGCUUUUAACUCUACUUCUGCACCACAAAUGGGAAUUCCCACCGUUCCUCCUUACAAUUCCUCAUCCUUUGGAGGUAGCUCACAUUUUCUGGACAAAGGCAAGGAAUUGGCUUCUGGCAGUACUGGCACUGAACUUCAUUCAAUAGCUAAAGUUACAUCUCUGCCUGGGAUUUCUCAUGGAAGUCCCAUGCAAGAAAGGCAAGGUAUUAUCAGAGCACCACAGAGAGCUGAGGCAUCUUUGCAAGAAGGCAGACCGUCUGCACUUCCGAAUAGAAAUACUGGGUCAAGUCCAAUGUCUCACACCUCUUCCAACAUACCAUUCAAAGAACAGCAGCUGAAGCAGCUCAGAGCACAGUGCUUAGUAUUUCUUGCAUUUAGAAAUAAUUUGCAGCCCAGGAAGGUGCAUCUUGAAAUUGCCUUGGGUAGAGGGCCUCCUGCAGAAAGUGACAGUGCAGGUCAGAGGGGCAGCGAGAGCAGAUUGGCUGAUGGUUUGGGAAAGGAAAAUGGCAGCAGUCGGGAGAACUCUGGUGUUUUUUGUAGGCAAAGUGAUAUCUCUAGACUUCCAUCCACCUCUGCAGGAAGUAUUGCAGAAGUUGAUUCCUUUCCGAAGGACCCAGAAAAUACCACAAAGAAGAUCAAGGUAGCUGAACAGGAUAAGUCGUUGAUGGAAGUAGAAAAUUUGCAGCAAGCUUCUGUUAUGCAGGGAACUAGUUCUGAAAUGCGUUCCCUGGAAAUGGCAUCUCCCAUUCCAUCUGGACUACAGCAGUCGUACUUUCAGGGAGAUACGAGAAGAGUCACUCCUGAUAUCCAAAGAACUGAUGCUGAAAAUUUGAACCGGAAUUUGAGUUGGCGAGGCCUGGGACCUACUGCUUUGGGUGGUAAUAGACAACAUCUAAAUCAGGAAACUAAAGAAUUGCUUGCACCUUCGAAGCUACACCAUAUGCCUGUUGAUGGUUACAACUCCAAUAUGCCUGGAAUAGAUCAGACUCCAGAGACUGUUGGAGUUGGUGAUGAUGUCGAAAAUGGUAGCCACGCAGCAGAGAUUGUGCCUGAGCAGGCUGCUGAUGGAGAAGAGGAUCUUUCGGAGCUUGAUGAUUUACCGUCAUCUCCUCCAAAGCACACAAUGACGGAAAAAUGGAUCUUGGAUUACCAGAAGAGAAUGUACAAUGAAAAACAAAAAAGGACAUUGGAGCUGCAUAAAUUGCACAGCAGAAUGUCAGCAUCCUAUGAGAAGCUAAAGGAAAGCGUUAAUUCAUCUGAAGAUUUCUCCGCAAAGACAAAAAGUGUUAUUGAAGUGAAAAAACUUCAACUUCUGCCACUUCAGCGCCGUGUACGCAGUGAAUUUUUGUUAGAUUUUUUCAAGCCCAUUACAGCUGACUUGGAGCGCAUAAAAGCAGUGAAGAAACAUAGGCAUGGAAGGCGUGCGAAACAGCUUGAAAAAAUUGAACAGAAAAUGAAGGAAGAAAGGCAAAAGAGAAUCCGUGAGAGACAGAAGGAGUUCUUUGCUGAUAUAGAGGCUCAUAGAGAGAAACUUGAGGACAGCUUCAAGGUUAAGAGAGAACGCCUGAAGGGUUUCAAUCGAUACAUAAAAGAAUUUCACAAGAGAAAAGAACGAAUUCAUCGGGAGAAACUGGAUAGGAUCCAACGAGAGAAAAUCAAUCUUCUUAAGAACAAUGAUGUUGAGGGAUAUCUUAGGAUGGUCCAGGAUGCAAAAUCUGACCGAGUUAAGCAACUAUUGCGAGAGACUGAGAAAUAUCUACAGAAACUUGGGAACAAAUUGCAGAAUGCAAAGUCCACAGAUGGACGUGCUUCUUACGUUUCUGAUAAGAGUGACCUUGCAAACGACAUCGAAGAUGAGAGCUACCAGCCACAGCAUUAUCUGGAAAGUAACGAAAAGUACUAUCAACUGGCCCACAGUGUUAAGGAGACUGUGAAUGAUCAGCCAUCUUAUCUUCAGGGUGGAAAAUUGAGAGAGUACCAGAUGAACGGUUUGCGUUGGCUGGUUUCAUUGUACAAUAACAAUUUGAAUGGAAUACUAGCAGAUGAGAUGGGUCUUGGUAAAACAGUACAAGUAAUCUCUCUGCUAUGCUACCUUAUGGAAACAAAAAAUGACCGGGGACCUUUUCUUGUGGUUGUACCAUCAUCUGUUCUUCCUGGAUGGGAAUCUGAGCUCAGCUUCUGGGCACCUAGUAUAAAUAAAAUUGCUUAUGCUGGUCCUCCAGAAGAAAGGCGCAGAAUGUUCAAAGAGAUGAUUGUUCAUCAAAAGUUUAAUGUUCUUUUGACAACAUACGAGUACUUGAUGAACAAGCAUGAUAGGCCGAAACUAAGCAAAAUACAGUGGCAUUAUAUAAUAAUUGAUGAAGGGCAUCGUAUAAAGAACGCUUCUUGUAAGCUCAAUGCUGAUUUGAAGCUUUAUCGGAGCUCUCAUCGGCUAUUGCUGACAGGAACUCCUCUGCAGAACAAUCUCGAGGAGCUGUGGGCACUUUUAAAUUUCCUUUUGCCCAAUAUAUUUAAUUCAUCAGAGGACUUUUCUCAGUGGUUUAACAAACCAUUUGAAAGUAAUGGUGAUAAUUCACCUGAUGAGGCUUUACUUUCAGAGGAGGAAAACUUGCUGAUCAUAAAUCGUCUUCACCAGGUUCUUCGGCCCUUUGUACUCCGAAGACUUAAGCAUAAGGUUGAAAAUGAGCUGCCAGAGAAGAUUGAAAGGCUUGUAAGAUGUGAGGCAUCUGCUUAUCAGAAACUUCUUAUGACAAGGGUGGAAGAAAAUCUGGGUGGAAUUGGAGCUGUUAAGGUUCGCUCUGUGCACAAUUCCGUCAUGGAACUGAGAAACAUAUGCAACCAUCCUUACCUGAGCCAUCUUCAUGUUGAAGAGAUUGAGGGCUAUCUACCUAAACAUUACCUGCCAUCUAUUGUGAGGCUCUGUGGAAAACUUGAGAUGUUCGACAGACUGCUACCGAAACUCAAAGCAACUGACCAUAGGGUUCUUCUUUUUUCUACAAUGACAAGAUUGCUUGAUGUAAUGGAGGAUUACCUGGUUUGGAAGAAGUAUAAGUACCUUAGGUUGGAUGGGCACACUUCUGGCCAUGAAAGAGGAGCUCUUAUUGAUAAAUUUAAUGACCCUAAUUCUCAAGCAUUCAUUUUUCUUCUUAGUAUACGAGCUGGAGGUGUUGGUGUCAAUCUCCAAGCAGCUGAUACUGUUAUCAUAUUUGAUACUGAUUGGAAUCCUCAGGUUGACCAGCAAGCACAGGCUAGGGCCCACAGGAUUGGUCAGAAGAAGGAGGUUCUUGUUUUACGUUUAGAAACGGUCCGGACUGUUGAAGAGCAAGUCAGGGCUUCAGCAGAACACAAAUUAGGUGUUGCUAAUCAAAGUAUAACUGCUGGUUUUUUUGACAAUAACACAAGUGCUGAAGAUCGAAGGGAGUAUCUUGAAUCACUACUACGUGAGUGUAAGAAGGAAGAAGCAGCUCCAGUGUUAGACGAUGAUGCUCUGAAUGAUAUUCUUGCUCGGAGUGAAGCUGAGAUUGAUGUAUUUGAAUCUAUUGACAAGCAAAGGAGAGAAGAAGAAAUGGCGGCUUGGCAAAAGGUGGUUCAGGAUGGUUCUACUAGUGGGCUAGACCCUGAAGUAUUGCCUUCUCGUCUUGUAACUGAUGAUGAUCUCAAGCCCUUCUGCCAUGCUAUGAAGCUUUACGAGCCAUCAAAUGUGAAAAGUGUAAAGGUGAAUGUGAGGAAGAAGGGUGAAAUUGGAGGCCUUGAUACACAGCAUUAUGGAAGGGGUAAACGAGCUCGUGAGGUUCGCUCUUAUGAGGACCAAUGGACCGAAGAAGAAUUUGAAAAACUUUGUCAAGCUGAUUCUCCCGACUCACCCCAACCUGGUGGUAUGUCGAAGGAUUUAGAUAUUCCUAAAAGCAUUAAGCCUGAAAUUCUUGCGGACAGUUCAAAAGAACCAGAGCAAAUGAGGAAAGAGGCAUCCCCAACUGUUGGGGACUCCCCACCAGCGAAACGGCGGAGAGGUAGACCUAAAAGGUCGGAUAUUUUCUUAUCUCCUACUACAGCUCCAACUGAUGCUGUCAAACAUGAGACUGGAACCACACAGGAUGGUAGUUCAGCUACACCAGCAAGUACCAUCCAUUCUGAUGCACCAGCUACUCCAAUCCAUUCUGAUGCACCAGAUGUUAACGUGCAUUCUAUUUCGCCAGCUGAUGUUAACAAACAAGAGUUUGGUACUGAGACUAAGCCUUCUGGUUCUGUCACUGUUCUGGAAGGGCCUGUAGAAAAGGAAAUUGGUUCAUCAAUACAGAGUGUUCAUAAUGUAGCAGCUACUCCAGCACCUCAUCAACCAGCUAGAGGCAGGAAAGUCCAAGCAGGAGAAACACCUCGCAGACGAGGCCGAAAACCAAAAUCUCUAACGCCAUCUGGUCUAGAUGAUGUUAGCCUUAACCCAACUGUUUCAGCUGGUAGUGGAGUGGCAGACACUAGUUGUGUUUCUUCAUAUACUCAACUGAAUACUUUCCCAUCACAAGGGAGUGCUGUGGCAGUGGCAGGAAUCCAGAGGGAUUUGGUCGCAGUUAAACUGGAUACAUCGUUACCAGAUAGCGGUAAGCAUAUUUCUCCUGUUCACGAAGGAGAUAAAGGUGCGACCAUUUCAACAACUGUGGCAAAAGAUAUUUGUACUGGAACUGUGACAUCAGACAAUACUAUGACGCUGGCACCAAAUACUCAUAAUGAAAAUGUUGGAUUGCUUCAAGUGGCACCUGCACCUACUAUGCCUGUGGUUUCAGAAGGAUUGGUGGAAACAUCACAUGUUGCGGUGGUGGAUAAGCCUGUUGAAAAGCAAUCUGCUUCACGUCGCCGCAGAAAGAAAACAUCUGGUAGUGAGGAUUCUGGGGUCAGCACUAGACAAAGAUCAGCUAUGAAGAAAUCGUAUUACACUGUUAACAUUGAUGAAGUUGCUUCUGGUAUGACCCAAAGUGAGAAAUCAGGAAUAAUGAAGGAAAGAGAUGGCAGUUCACUUCAAAAUACUUCUAAUGAUGUGCCAAAUAUUAACUUACCAUUGCCUGAGAAGUCUGGGUACGAUUCUCAACCAAGCACACCUAUAGCGGUCCCAAUCAAUGAAGCUACACUACCUAGUGCUUAUAAUGAUACCUGUGCUACUCAUUCUGAAAUUAUACUUGCCACAUCUGCCAAUCCUCCUGUUGUUGAUAAACCGGUUGAUUUGCACCUUGAUGCGCCUGUUCCUGUUACUUCCCAAAAUCAAGGACAACUCAAGACAGGGGAGGACCGUGUGGCAAUGUGCUCUGAAGCCACUGCUAUUAAGGAUGCCACUGUGGUACCAUCUGAGGUUGACAGCGCUCCUCCAAAUAAAGCACCAGGCAGGAGGAGAAAAGGGUCGGCUCGGGAACCACGGAGCAGAAGUAAUUCUGCAACAGCUACAAGUGAACGAUGCACCCGACUUACUGGAUUGAAGCAGGCGGAGGACAUAAAAAAGUUAGAGAUAUCAGCGAGGCCAAUCACAACAGUCGAGCAACUGGGAGCUGACUCUUUAAGAGCUGAGGUUACCACCGCUUCAAUUUGUGAAGCAGAGAAGAAUCCUGGGAGUCAUGUGUCAUCUGACAUUUCAAUUCUGAUGGGGAGUCAUGUGUCAGGGGCAUCAGUUACUGAAGAGACAACUGCCACGAUGAUGACGCAAACUCCUGCAGUGGUUAAAUCAGAAGAAAGAAAACUUCCAGGUGAUUUACAAGGUUCUGAUUUUGAUAGUUCAGUACCACAAACGAAGCUGGUUUCAGCUGUGGAACCAGCACCUGCAAUUGCUGAACACAUGCAAGGUACUGAAGUUAAUAGUUCAGAACAGACAAAAGUGGUUUCAGCUGCUGAAUCAGCACCUGAUGAACAUGUGCAAGGUAUACAGGUUGAUAGCUCAGAACAACCAACGAAGACAUUCUCAGCUGCGGAAUCAGCGCUUUCAAAUAAUGAAGAACAUGCAGCGCAUGGAAUGCAUCUUAAGGCUGCUGAUGUUAAUAUGCUUACCUGUAGUACAGCAACAGACAUAUUGCAGGAUAAAAUUGAUAGCAGUGCUGCUUGCCACUCAGAUGCACCGUGUACAGAUGAAAUUGCAAGGCAGUCUGAUUCAUCACUACUAGAUGUUAAAGCUCCUCAUGAUGCCUCAGCUAAAUACACUCCUGGCUCCACCAAAGAUGAUGUCUUGCACAGUGAAGGCACUGAUGUUGUUGUCACUGUUUCUAAGCAAGACGACGUGAAAAUUGAUGACACGCAAGCUGAUGAUAUUUCUAGGGGUUCGCCUGCUACUUCACAAUCAAUUAAGUCAGAUCAGCCUCCAGAUCAAGUUGAGGGUUCGGAGAAUAGGAAGGAACAGGUGAAACUGGAAGAAACAUUGAAUAAGAGUUCUGGUGAAGAUCAAGCUCAUAAUCAGGGCAAUGAAACUUCUCAUAAUGCAACAUUAUUAACAAACUCUCCUUCAGAAUACUUGAAUGAGAGUUGUUCUGCUCAGGUAUAUGGUGACACAUUUAAAAGUAAAGAAAAUAUUGUUGAAGUUCAUGCUACCAUGAAUAUUGAUGUCCCUGAGGAAUCUCUGGAUGCUUCAUCCGCACAAUCUCAGAAAGAGGCCAGCAUGACAGACGGUGUAUCUACUGAUGGUGAUACAUUUGAAACUAAAAUAACUCCUGUUGAAACCCAUGCUGCCAUGAAUACUGAUGGUCCUGAGAAAGCCCACGAUCAAUCUGAUAAAGAGUCCAGCAUGGCAGAAGUUAGUGUCUCUACCGAUAGACAUAGUAGUCCCACAGUUUGCAAAGCACAUAAUGAUCUUGAGGGCCAGGUAUCUUGUGAAGAAAUCUUGGUUAGGGCUGGUGGUGACAACCGAACCCAUAGCAAUACAAAUGAUGUUUCUAAUGGUGAAAAAGAGGACGCCAUUGUUAGUCCUGUUGACGCCACAAGAGAACCAAUAGAAGAAAGUGCCAUUAAUGUUUCAGAAGAUUCUAGUAUGAAUAAGCAAAGCUGCACCUUGCAUUUUGGAAAUGAUCCCCCUGUAAAUACACCAGUGACAGUUGAGUCUAAGAAAGUUAUUGGUGAUGCUGAAAUUGUUUGUGCUGGCGGGUUAGAAUCUUCUGGUACUGAGACUGAAACAGUGGGUAUCAAUGAGAUCUCUAUUGCUGAUCUUGAGAGAACCAAAAAACCAGGGGAUUUGGACGAAAAAACUGGCAGUCCGCUCUGUGGUGAUGUUCUAGGUACAUCACAUUCCAUGAUAGGUGUUGUGUGUGAAAAAGCCCCUACUGAAGAUCUGACUGCAGGUAGCCAUUCAGAAGCACCUAGUUCCCUUGUUGCUCUAGAACCAGCUCAAGAAACUACUGUUGCAAACACAGUAGUAUUUAUGGACGCCUGCAACACAGAACCUGAUGGUGAUUCUACUAUUGCUGAAGGAGCAAAACAUACUGUAGAAAUGGUUCAUUCGGCAGAAGAGCAAUCUGCUGCAUCUGAACAUGCUGAGACACAGGAAAAGGCAACUGUGAUUUGUGGUCCAAUGUUAAAUGAAUCUGAGACUGCAGGGUUGGAAGAUGACUGCUCAUUACUGAAGCAUAGUGGUCGUACUGCCUCAUCUGAGCUUCUUGUUGUAACAUCCAAUCCAAUCAGUGAAACUUCUGAUAUUCAAGUGGAAUCGGAGGCAACAAAAUCAGAAGGGUACUGCGCAGCAGAGAAUGGCAUUGGUAAAUCUGAAACUAUCAUGGAAUCGGAACCAACUAAAGAAACUGCUGUUCCUAUGCAAGAGGAUGUUACAGAAGCUAACGAUACUAUUGCUACAUACAAAGCAUGCGAUGAUUCUGAGAAUCAUGCAUUUGGGGAAGCGUCUAUGGAAAUGCAAUCAGAGAUCAAGGCAGCAUCUUCUAUUCAGUCUGGUGCAGAAAAUGUAAUAAAACAGGCUCCUGCGCUGUCUGAUGGAAUGGAACAAACCAAUAUGGCUUCAGCUUCAGAACUAGGACCUGAAAAUGAUAAAUAUAUGCAAGGCACUGAAGUUAAUAGUUCAGACCAACAACCGAAGAUGUUCUCACCUGCUAGUGAUGAACAUGUGCAAGAUGUUAUGGUUCACAUUUCCAAACAACAAACAGAGAUGGUUUCAGAUGCAGAGAUUGGCACAUUGUGCAUCCAGGAGGCUGCUAUUGUUGAUCAUGACAAAAUAAGAGAAACAGUUGAUCCACAUGACAUAAGAACACAGGCUUCUGCAUUAUCUGGAAGUGGCUUGCUUGCUGUCGAGGCACAUGGUUCAGAACAAAAAAUAGUAUCUUCACCAGGCGAAGAGAUUAAUAGUUCAGAACAACAAACAAAAAUUGAUUCGGUUGCAGAGAUUCAAUCAGCAGACGUCAUGGAUACUGCCAUUGCUGAUCAUGAGGAAACAGGUGAUCAGAGUGGCGUAAGUACACAUGCUCCUCUAUCAAUUGAAUCUGAAGAAAAAGGAUCAUCUGGAAUUGAUUUGCAUGGAUGCAACAUGCAUGAAGUGCAUCAGGCAACUGGUGAUGGUGCUAUAUUAUCAUCUGGUGGAGAACAGGACAUUUUGCGAGAUAACAUGGGUAAUGAUGGUGGUGUGGAGCUACCAGCUUGUCAAAGAAAAACAGAUUUUGAGGGUGACAAGGAUUAUUCUACUGAUCCUUCUGCAACGACCCUGGUGAUGGCUGAAUCUUGUAAAGAUACGAGUGAUGCAGAAAUUGUUUCUGCUGGCAAUAUAGAAUCUUCUGGUGGCGGUGAUAUUGAAACAGUUGGUAUCCAGGAGGCUACUGAUUUUGCCGAUCAUGGUAUUGAGGCUCAUGGUUCAGAACAAAUGAAGAAGGUUUCAGUUGCACAAGCGGCAUCUACUCUGGCUUUAGUAGGAUAUUCUUCUUCAGAAGACUCAAUGUUGGAUGAUUCUACCCGAGCAGCUGAUGGUGGCGAUUCUUUGGAUAGUAAAGGAGCUGGUGUUGAUGGCCAAGAAACUACAUCAACUCAAAUCACUUCAACUCUUCCAGAGAAUACGGACAUGGAUUGGCAAAGCUGCCCCUUGCAAUCUGGGAAUGAUUCUCCUGCAACUGCUGCAGCGGUGUUUGAAUCUGAUAAAGAUACUGGCGAUGCUGGAGCUGCUUGCGUUGGCAAGACAGAAUCUUCUACUGGAGUUGGGAUUGAAAUUAUGGGUGUCCACACAACUUCCAUUGCUGAUCAGCAAGAAACAGUGGGAACAGGUGAUCUCAACAAGGAAAAUGGCAGUUUGCAACUUGGUGAUGGCUGUGGUACAUCAUGUUCCACAUUAGUUAUUGCGUGUGACAAAGCACCUAGUGGAGAAGAGGUUAUUGCGGUUAGCCAUUCAGAAGUGUCCAUUUCAGUUGGACUAGCUGCUGCACAAUCAACUCAAGAAGCUACCGUUUCAGAGGAAACUGUUAUCUAUGAAAAAGCAACUAGUGGAGAAGACCUUAUCGUAGGUAGCUGUUCAGGUGCGCCCACAUCAGUGGUACUAGUUGGUAGUGAAUCAACUCAAGAAACUAUGUCGAACCAAGAACAAAUUAUAGAUGCUGUGGGUUCUAAGCAUGAAAGCAAGACUGAAGAUGUUAAAGCUUCUGAAGAGCAACCACUAUUUCAACGUGUUGAUUCACAUGCAAAGACAACUGAGAUCUGUUGUCAUAUGCUGGAGGAAUCCAUAGAAAACUUGAUAAAUGAUGUCUCAGCACCUAAGGAUGGUAGCCAUACUGCCUUGUCUGAGCGAGUUGCAGAACCCAAGCCAAUUGAUGAAACUUCUGUUAUGCAAGUGGAACUGACAACGAGUACAGGGGAUGAAUGUGCAGCAGAGGAUCACAAUGUUGCUUCAUCUGAAACUGUUAUGGAAUUGCAGCCCGUUCAAGAAAUUGUUGUUCCUAUGCAAGAGGAUGGUAAAGAAGCUAAUGAUGCUGAUAUUGCUCGUGAAGAAUGCAAAGAUCUUGAGGGUCAUGCAUCCGGUGAUGUGUCAAUGGCAGUAGAAUCAGAAAUUGUUGCUAGGCAAGGGGAUGUCACAGAAGUUAAUGAUACUACUAUCAUCAGCGAAGUAUGCAAAGGUACCGAGUCUCAUGUAUCUGGUGAAGUACGAAUUCCAGUAGAGUCAUUGUCAUUCAAGGUGGAACUGCCGAAUGAAACAGAUGACUUUCAAGGCCCGAAUCAAUGGAUGCAACUCGAUGAGCAUGAGGUGCGAGAUUCGACUAUAGUGGGAGCUGAGGUAUUAAACACCGAGUCUACACCUGGGGGUGCAAUUGCAAAUUCUGGUGGUGCUGACACUGAACAGAAAUUGCCACCUUCAUCUGGUGAGGCCAUGGCAGGCACAUCUAGUGAGCCACCCAACCAAGAGGCUCAGGAGACUUCAAGCUCUGACCCUUCAGGAAAUGAUGAAAUUGCAAAGAUAGAAGAGGAGGGACUGCUAAACUGCCAAACUGCUCAAGGUGGUGAAAAUGUAAAACUUGGUGAAGCCGACACUGAAGUGCAAUUGCCACCUUCAUCUGUUGAGGCCACGGUUGGCAUAUGUAGUGAGCCACCCAGCCAUGAGGUGAAGGAGGCUCCAAGCAGUGAUCCAUCAGGGAGUAAUGAAAAUGUCGAGAUGGAAAAUGCUGAUGCUGCUCAGGGACUGCUGAACACCGAACCUGCUCCUGGUGGUGAAAAUGCAAAGCUUGGUGAAGCUGACACUGAAGUGCAAUUGCCACCUUCAUCAGUUGAGGAGGCCAUGGUAGAGAUAUGUAGUGAGACACCCAGCCAUGAGGUGAAGGAGGCUCCAAGCAGUGAUCCAUCAGGGAGUAAUGAAAAUGUCGAGAUGGAAAAAGCUGCUGCUGCUCAGGUACUGAUAAACACUGAACCUGCUCCUGGUGGUGAAAAUGUGAAGCAUGGUGAAGCUGACACUGAAGUGCAAUUGCCACCUUCAUCUGUUGAGACCAUGGUAGACAUAUGUAGCGAGCCACCCAGCCAUGAGGUGAAGGAGGCUCCAAGCAGUGAUCCACAUCCAUCAGUGAGUAAUGAAAAUGUUGAGACAAAAAAUGCUGCUGUUGUUGCUGCUCAGGUACUGCUAAACCCCGAACCUGCUCCUGGUUGUGAAAAUGCAAAGCAUGGCGAUGCUGACACUGAACAGCAAUUGCCACCUUCCUCUGGUGAGCCGAUGGUAGACAUGUCUCGUGAGCUACCAAGCCAAGAAGUAAAGGAGGCUCCAAGCAUCAACACUUUGGGAAAUGAUGGAGAUGCGAAGAUGGAAGAGGCCCCUGCUGCUCAGGGACCACUAAACAGGGAAACUGCUUAUGGUGUUGAAAAUGCAAAACUCGUUGAAGCUGGCAUGGAGUUGCAAUUGCCACCUUCAUCUGGUGAGGCAAUGGUAGAGAUAUCUAGUGAGCCACUCAACCAUGAUGCCGGCCGUGAAUCUUCAAGACUUGCUGGAGCUGAUACGGAACUGCAGUCGCCACCAUCUGGUGAGGCUAUGGUAGAUACAUGUAGUGAGCCACCCAGCUCCCAAGAGGUAAAUGAGGCUCCAAGCAGUGAUGCGUCGGGAAAUGAUGAAAAUUCAAAGACGGAAAAGACUGACGCUGCUGUGCAGGGACUUCUAAACACCGAACCUGCUCUUAGUGGCAAAAAUACAGAACUCUAUGAAGCUGACACAGAAAAGCAAACGAUUCCAGUGUCCGCAGAGGUUAUGGUAGAAUCAUCUAGUGAGCCUCCCAGCCAAGAGGGAAGGGAAGCUCCGACCACUGACCUGUCGGGGGAUGAUGAAAAAGCUAAGUCGGCGAGGGCAGCAGUUGUUGCGGAACUUUUUGGAGAUGCAACAGAAGGCGGAUCAGAUCAGCCAUUGCUGUCUCCUAGAAGUCAAGGCGAGGAUGCAGAUGCUGAUGGAGGUGUAGAGUAAAUUAUGCAAAUAUUGUACUAAGAACUACUAGAAUCCGUGUAAGUAAGAACUGCCAUUGGAGCUUUAGUUGUGAGUUGUAACCCGUGGAAGCUUUUACUGAAAUUAAUGCUAGUUUACGUGGUGCGGAGAUUACAGCAGCAGUGGCGCAUGACAGUUCAUUGUUUUCAAA